AUCAUCAAAACUAGGUGUUACAUUAUGUUGUUACUAGGAUCCUUUUUAUUUCCCGAAGGUAGUGGUUCUAGCAUGCAUAUUAUGUACUUACCUUUACUUAGACAUAUAGAUAGAAUAGGUAGUUAUAGUUGGGGAUCCGCAUGUCUAGCCUAUCUCUAUAGUUCGUUGUGCAAAAACUCCCACAAAGAUACUUCUACAUUUUCUGGAUGUGCUGUUUUGCUACAAGCAUGGGGAUGGUCAAGACUACCGUCUCUAGCACCGGUCAAUAACAACCCCUUCACUUUUCCAUAUGCAAAAAAGUAAGUUGUUUAAAUUGCUAUAUCUUUACUUCCUUCCUUACAGUUUAUUACCCAUAACUAAUUUAUUUUAACUUUUUGGUGUAGAUGGUCGGCACGCGGUAUGAAUUACAGCAGAUGUCCGAGACACUGUAUUACUCAAUAUCGCAACCUGUUGGAUCACCUUCGACCGGCAGACUUCAUUUGGCGUCCAUACCUUAAUAUGGAUCAUGAGCAUCAGAUCAACCCUGAAGACGCAGCCGUAUGGACAACAUGCACACCGAUAAUACGGUUCACAACAGUGGAGAUGCACAACACCGAUCGUGUGAAGCUGCAGUUUGGCAUGGUCCAGAAUAUCCCAGAUCCCCCAGCUAGCCUAGGAGAAUGGCAUAUGCGUAAAGUGAACGACCAAUGGAACUACAACCCUUGGCAAACCUUCGCAAGAUCAGAGUGUCGCAAGUGGAAGCACCGUCAUGACCAUGUCUUAACUGACGCAGUCAUGCCAAAUGAGGUAAAACCAAGUCGUACUUAUAUGGCUUGGUAUAGAUCAGUUGGAUUUCAAUUCAUCGCCGAUGAUAUGUACCUCUACGACCCAUGCCAGACAACUUACACACAAGAAGGAUCAACAUCUAACCCCCAACAACAUUCUCAACCCGGUUACUCACAACCACCUAUCCGACAAACUUUCCGUUCCACAAACACACAAACAUACAACCAAAACAUGCCAUUCACCCAACCCCAAAACCAAGAACAUCCCCCAUACCACCACCAACAAAUGGACCAUCAACCUUCGACCGAACAUCGCUUCGCACCCACACCAUCACCCUACCAAAGUCGCCUUAGCCAAAACACUAACCGCCCCAUCACCUACCGUAGCCAAGAACCCCAAACAUCACAAUACCAAAACAUCCCACAACCAUAUCUCUUCCAAACACCCCAACAACCUUUCCAACCUUUCGUAGACCCAUCAUUGUCACCCAUGUCUCCCUUCAACCAUCCCGGUCGCCCAUCCAUGAGUCAACCACACCCCAACUUCUCUGGCAUGGGUCAUGAGCUUAGCUACGCCGGUACACCAUCAUUGAAUACUGAAGACUAUGCUGAGUUGGCUGAAUACCUCAACGGAUCUUCUCCUGUAAGAGGUAAUGACGCUCCUGGACCAUCAGAUGAACAAACACCGGUGCAGAAUCGUCAAUGUGGGUUAGGGCCAAGGGUUAGGGUAGCUAGGGGAUGUGGGACCGGAGGUCGGUUAGGUGAUCCCGGUCAUCACCAUUAGGAUUCUUUGUGUAAAAUCCAAAUUUUAUUAAUAUCAAUUCGUAUUAUGUCAAAUUUA